GUGAAUGCGCAGUCCGUUCGUCUUUCGAAGGACGAAGGAAGCGAGGGGUGGAGGGCUCGCUUUUGCGCGAGAUCUGUGCCGCUGACGUCUGCUGACGUCUCGGUCGUACACGUGCGCAGGUGGUCAAUUAAUAAUGAUUUCGACGUAAGAGAGAGAGAGAGAGAGAGAGAGAAAAAGAGAAGUCCGUGAUUUCAUCGCGCGACGCGUUUCGCUCGGACUCGGUCGCGAGUGGACGGGGUGAAUCGCGCACCGGGACGACGACAACGACGACGGCUCCAGAAGCACCGGGACUCGCUGCCAUGGAGGUGGGCGAAGCGGCGUGCGACGGCGGCCGCAGUCACCAGGAGACGACGGCCACCAUGGACGACGACGAGCGGCGACGGCGGCAGCGGCAGCGGCACUUGCGGGCGACGCUCUGCGUCGAGAGCGACGAGGUCGAGAACUCGGACGAGAGUAGCGAGAGCAGGCCAGCUGGAGAGAGGUGGGCCCCGGUCGGCGCGAACGACGGCGACAACGAGUUCGCGGACGAGUACAAAUACGUCAACGCCAACGUGGAUAACCUCGUAUAUGAUAUGGAAAGGGUGAAGAUGCUGGAAGAAGAACAGGAGAUGCUGAACUCAUCUCUAAUAGCAUUGACUACUCACUUUGCUCAGGUCCAGUUUCGUCUCCGGCAGAUCGUGGACGCGCCAACCAGCGAGAAGGAGAGUCUGCUUAAGGAAUUGGAGGAAUUUGCGUUUAGGGGAAUACCGGAUGUACCGAAUAGCUUGUUAUUAGAUAGCAGAUCCGUCACACCGAUGUCCCCCGUAUCGGGUAUCUGCGAUCGAAGCAUGAUCACUGACGCGGAGGUCGAAUCCAAAAUGGCAUUGCAACGAACAAAGCAGAGAGAGCUGAUAAGCCAGCUGAAGUCUCAGCUGGAGGAUCUGGAGAAGUACGCGUACGAGACGGGUGACGCCGAUCUACCUCAGAGCGUCAUUUUGGAAAGGCAGAAUAUCAUAAUUAAUCACCUAAAGGAAAAGUUGAACUUCGAUGUCGACGACCUAUGCAAAUUACCAGCGGACGAUCUCAGGUGGCAAGUCGAUUACGCCAUAAGUCAAAUUGUCAGCCCGUUGAAGAUGAAGGAGCAGCUGGUCUGUCAACUCAAGACACAGAUCGCCGACCUGGAGCGUUUCAUAAACUACCUUCAGGGUGAGGUCAGCACGGAAACCCUGGCGUGCACGUGCGCGUGUCCGGUACACGCUGGUGGUUCCGGCGCCUCGUCGGCUACCUACGGCUCUAAAAGGCGCUUCGAACGUGGGAAACCCGUUGAAGACGAGGCGGGUGCCGCCAAUCGAACCAGGACACUAAAUACCGUGCGUAAGGUGGUCGCGCUGUUGCACAUGUUCCUGCUGUCGCAGCUGGGCUGCGGCAGCGAACGGGUGCGCCGAAGCUUCGGUGGUAACAGCAAGAAUCCGGUGCACAAUUGGCGCGAUCUACGCACGAGGCUGGACAUCGCCGUGGAGCAUGUGCUGGAGACGAUCGCGGAGACGUCGCAGAUUCAGCAACAGCAACGUCAUCCCGACCAGGAGUACGUCGACGAUAUCGACGACGAGAACGAUUACACGUCCGACUCGGACUCGGCAUCGCACGCGAAUGCGAAGCUCACGUCCGCGGUGAGGAAACACCUUACCACCUCGAUCAGAGAUCUCAUGCAGCACGGUCUGACCUCGGACGUGCUGCGCUCCGGGUCCAGCGUAGUGCCGUUCGUCGGCUGCUUCCCGCAGCGCAGCGUUACGUCGGCGAACUUCAUGCACGCCUGGGAGUUGAUACUGAAGUAUUAUGAAAUCAAGAACGGACGCCGCUACAAUUCUAGUCCCGCGCAGAAGCUUUCGCAAAGCUUCAACCUGGACCUCGCGGCUGGAAGAAUAGCCUCCUCGAAACAGUUUACUGACGACACUAUAGGUAAUAUCAUCGCUUCCCACAGUCCGUAUAAGCGAAGUUACGAUUCACAUUUCAAGGCGUUCGUAUGCGCAGCUUUAAACGCGAAUAAACUCGUGAUAUGGCUGAAGUUGAUCCUGCAGUGUCAGUAUCUUCUGGAAAAUUAUUACCUCUCGUGGAGCUACGUUGUAAAGACAGGUUUUCAAGAUGCGUUUCACACCUUGGAUCGUCUUACCAGCUACAAGUUUGAGCUGCCGGUGGACUUGGCUGUGCGACAGUUUCAGAACAUAAAGGACGCGUUUUGAUUGUACAAUCUUAUCGUUAUCGUUUCGUGCAAAUGACAGCGUAGAAUGUAGACUGUAUAUGUACUUUCAAGUACUUUUUGUAACACAAGCGAUAAUACUGUACAUGUACAAAUACAUGUACAUGUACUUGCAAGUUAUCAGCGAUAACGGUACGCAAAUCGAGUCGUUAGAAAAAGUACACUUGAUUAGUCCUCUUGGAUUUAGAAACGCACGAAGAAAUGUAUAGAACGCAAAUUAACACUAGAAGUACCGAAUGAUUAUUAAUGACCCUAUUUCUUGGUUGAAAGACAGGCUUCUCAAAUUUUUUGACUUUUCAUCAAUCAUUUUCUUUAGCCUGAUGAAAUAUUUGGUUUUUCAUUACUUUAUUUAUUUCCAUAGUAAUCCAUUCGCUUAAUUCUUAGCGAGUAAAAAAUAUUGAUAUUUCUAGUGUUUAAAUGAUGAGGAUAAAUGCUUGAACUAUUUCAAAGUUAUUAAGAUCGUUAAUAUUUUUCAUAACAAAAUUUUAUUAAAUGUAAAUUGAAUUUAAAAAUUGUUUAGAACUAUCCGAGUCGUAUCUUGUACGUUUUCUUCGUACUUUCAAUCCAAGAGAAACACUUGAGCGUUCCGUUAUGGAAAUUCAUACGGACGCGCGUAUAAGGAAUCAUUCAAAGUAUUGAUAUCAUAAAAUGCAUUUCUUUUUUUUUUUAAAUCCUUAAGUGUUCACUAUAUCAAAUGCGUAUAGAAAGUUAAAUUGCAAUAACUAAUAGGUGUAAUGAUUAUUUACUUUUUAAGAUAUCAUCAGUAUUUGUAUAGAUCAGUUGUACAAAUGUACUUUUGUUUUUGCUUGUUGAACGAUAGGUAAUAUUAUACAUAUAUAUAUAUAUAUAUAUAUAUAUGAUUUGCAAACUAUGCAUGUAUAUAUCUAUAGUUUGUAAAUCUCGAGGUUUUAAGCAGCGUAUACACUUAGGAGAAUCUAAUUUGCGAAUUUCUUAUAGAAAAAGAUGGAGAAAUUAUAUUUAUUCCACUGUAAAGAUCUAGGUGUAUAUGCUCCCUUCAUCGGACUCUACAAUGUAUCGAAGUACUUUCCACCACGGUACAGACAUAAAUAUAACGCGUUGCCCGACGUGUAAAAAUGCAAGAACUGAAUCGAGCAAAGCUAGUCACUUCCAAAAAAAAAGAGCCAUUCCAUAUUUUGCACAUUUACGCCGAGUAUCACUAUAUUUAUGAUGCAUUUACGAGAAGAGGAGAAGCGUACCAAAGAGACAUCAUUAUGCGCAAUAUUACAAUAUCGCGACUAGAGACUUGCACCGAGCACAGAGUUUGUAUCGUAAGGAGUUUUACUUAUAUGUAUACACGUAAAUUAGCAUAAGGGACAUAACAACAUGUAUAUACAAGAUGUGCAAACCAAAUCUGCUUUUUAUAAAAAAAAAAUUAUGAAUUAUUUUAGAUUAGUUCCAUAGAUAGAAGGACGAAUAGAGAAGAAAGCACGUAAGGUUACAAAAAAUAUACUUAUGAUGCAAGUAA